AUGAUCACCCUCACCCCCUUGUCCUCCUCUGCAGCAGCUUCCUCCUCAUCAGAACCGAUAUGUUACCUUUUAGAGCUUGAUGAGGCGAGGAUACUGCUCGACUUGGGACAGAGGGAUUAUCGGGCAAGCUCGUUGCAGGAUAAUUGGGAGUACGAGGAAAAAGUCAGAGAACUCGCACCCACACUCUCGUUGGUAUUGUUAUCACACUCUCCUGCAACUUACCUCUCCCUGUAUCCUUACGCCAGAGCAAGAUGGGGAUUGACAUGUCCUGUAUACGCUACUCAGCCGACGGUGGAGAUGGGACGAGUGGUCUGUCUAGCAGAAGUAGAAUCAUGGAGAGCGGAAUGUCUUGUGGAUGAAGGGAGUUCACUUAGUGCAAAUGGAGCAGAAAGUAGCAAAUUGGAUAAGGGGAAGAAACCACUGAGAGGGCCAUUUGUGCCUACCGUAGAAGAGAUCCACGAAGCCUUUGACUGGAUAAAGGCUAUCAGAUAUAAUCAACCUCUACAUCUUGGUGGCGAUCUCUCACAUCUGCUAUUGACGCCUUUCCCUUCCGGUCAUACCUUAGGAGGAACUUUGUUCAAGAUUCGUUCACCCACGUCGGGUACGAUCCUAUAUGCUGUGGGGAUCAAUCAUACAAGUGAGAGGCAUCUGGAUGGUAUGGUUGGAGGUCACAAUGGUCCAACAGGAUAUGCUGAAGGUGUGUUACGACCUGAUCUGUUGAUCGUGGAGGGAGGUCGAAGUGAGGUGGUCAACCCCAAGAGAAGGGAAAGAGAAACAGCAUUGCUAGAUGUUGUAACUUCCACUCUUGAAUCGAAUCACUCCGUGCUUCUACCUUGUGACCCCUCACCACGUUUACUGGAACUGUUGAUACUGCUUGACCAACAUUGGACGUUCAAGUUGAAUCCUACCAAUAAGCGGUGGCAAGCUUCCAGCGACCCGUGGCCUUACCCCUUAUGCCUUGUCAGCAGAACAGGACAAGAUAUGGUUUCGUUUGCUAGGAGCUUGAUAGAAUGGAUGGGGGGUGUGGUCAAGGAAUCUGGUGGCGAAGAAGUGGUUGUAGGAGAUCUAGCUGGUGGUCAGAAAGGUAGAAAGAAGAGGAGAAAUGCUGGUGCAGCUCUGGGAUCGGAAUACGGUGCUUUGGAUUUCAGACAUGUGCAAUUCUUCUUGACGCCUUCCGAUCUCCUUCAGGCGUACCCACUCAUGAGACCCAAACUUGUCUUGGCCAUCCCCCCAUCCAUGUCUCACGGUCCGUCACGGUUCCUCUUCACCACUAUGGCGAGCACGGAAGGGAAUGUCAUCCUUCUCACCUCUCGUGGAGAGGAUACCACUUUAGCUCGAGAUCUGUACCAGCGGUGGGAGCAGGAACAAGAAGAAGCGUCAAAGUGGGGUAAAGGGAAGAUCGGGAAACUAGGAGGAUUGAAAGGCCAGUUACAGAUAGAGAUGGAUUCGAAAGUUCCUCUAGCUGGUGCAGAGUUAGAUGCGCACCUUGAGAACGAACGGUUAGCUAAAGAAAGAGAAGCGGCUCAUCAAGCAGCGUUGGACAGAUCGAAAAGGAUGCUAGAAGCUGAUGAUCUUGAAUCUGACUCGGAGUCGGAAUCGGGUGAAUCGGAUGUUAAUGAAGAUGAUGGAAUCAUGGCUCCUGUCAUCACGAAGAGACGGCAAGAUGCUAAUGCAUUUGCGGGUGAUGGAGAGGAUGUCAAUAGGACAAUGUCAUUUGAUAUAUACGUGAAAGGACAACAGAUGAGAGUGUACAAUAGACCUGGCGAAAUGACCAGAUUUAGGAUGUUCCCGUUCUUGGAGAGGAGGGGAAGAAAGAUUGAUGCGUACGGAGAGGGACUGGAUAUCGGUCAGUGGGUUAGGAAGGGGAGGGAAAUUGAAGAAGAGGGCGAAACAGAGGAGGUUAGGGAGAAGAAGAGACAAAAGGAGGAGGAGGAAGAGAAACAGAAAGUGCAACCCGAACCACCAUCAAAGUAUAUCUCAGAACAGCUCAAUCUCGACUUGCGAGCAUCUAUAUUCUUUGUGGAUAUGGAAGGUCUGCAUGAUGGUCAAUCCAUCAAAACUAUCAUAUCGGAUUUACAACCUCGUAAACUGAUACUUGUUCGAUCCGAACAAGAGAUCACGUCGUCCCUGGUGAAUUACCUCAAUUCUGUCUCUGGCGUUACUCGAGAUAUAUUCGUUCCUGCUACGGAAGAACAGGUGAAGAUAGGUGAACACGUUCAGUCGUACUCUAUCACUCUGAGCGAUACCAUAUCGGCUGGAUUGACCAAGAAAUGGUCCAAAUUCGAAGGAUAUGAAGUAGCCAUGAUAGAUGGUAAAAUCGCUUUCGCACCUGGAUCUACCGUUCCAGUACUAGAAAGUUCGCAACUGGUCAAACCCCUGCCGAUUGAGGAAGAACAGGCGGAGAAGAAAGUCGAAAUUAGCCAAGAUGGAGAUGUGGAGAUGACUAGCGAGCCAGCGAAAGAAGCUACCGAAGAGACAGCUCAAGAUGACCAGGUGCAAGUCAAAGCUGAACCGGAAGAAGCCAAAGACACAGAUGUCAAUGAGGUGGUCACAACGAAGAAGAAAGUACCUGUACCAUAUCAUAUUGCAAAAUCUUCAAUCCCAUCAUCACUGUAUAUCGGUACAUUACGACUGACCUCUCUCAAAUCGAAUCUUACCAAAUUGAAACCUUCGAUCCCAUCUGAAUUUGCAGGUGAAGGAACCCUACUGUGUGGACCUGGAUUACUCACUCCUCCAGAGGAAAAAGUGAAAUCUGGAAGUGUAGUAUUGGUCAAGAAGAUAGGUGAUAAUGGAAUUGUCGUAGAGGGCACGAUAGGUAGGGUGUAUGAUCUGGUAGUAGGUGCGGUGAAGGAUGAAUUAGCUAGGGUGAAUAGCUCAUAG